CCCGUGAGUGCCCCCCGCCUCAGGAUGUCUCAGGCUGUGACUUAUGCAGACCUGAGGUUCACAAUGGCCCCUCGAGAGAAGAGUCUCCAAGCCCAGCAAGAAGUGACAGGUGAUGGGGAGCUCACCUAUGAGAACAUCCAUGUGUCCAGCAGCCCCCAAGAGAAGGAGACUGCAAGCGCCUCAAAAGGCCCAAGCAGGCGACUCUGGCUGGCGGUGGCCCUGGGGCUUUCCCUCGUGCUCCUGGUCACCAUCAUAGGACUUGGCGUGCUGCUCCAGCGGGUCUCCCAGCAGCUUCAGGAAACUUCUCAAGCGUACAAGGCAGAUAACAGCAGCCUGGCAAAGAGAAUUGAGGCCCAGGAAGAGAGCCUGCGGCAGAAGCAGACACAGCUGCAGAAAGCGCAGGACCAGCUGCUCUCCAGGGCAAAGGAGAAACGAGACUCGGAAGAGGCGCUGAACGCAACGUGGACCGAGGCUUGCAAUGACUGGUGCCCGCAGGACUGGGUGCUCUUCCAGGGGAAGUGCCUGCUCUUCUCCAGAGAAAAGAAGACGUGGAAAGAGAGCCAGAGGGCCUGCGAGGCCGCAUCUUCCCGGCUGCUCAUCAUCACCAAGUCCUGGGGGGCGGUGCAGUUUCCGGGAGCUCUGCAGGGAGCUGGACAUUGGAUUGGACUUACUGCAUCAUGGUUGGCAGAGCAGCAAAAGUGGACGUGGGUCUGGGUCAAUGGCGCACACUACGAAGGGGAGGGUCCUCUUGACCCAACUUCUGACAUGCAGCCAGUCUGGUGGACCACCUCCCACCUCCACCCGCUUGACCCUGGGGCAGAGUCUGGGAUGUUGGCGAAUCCAGUGCUCCCUCCCCCUCCGACGAAGGCUGAGUUCCCAAAGGUCCCUGAACCUGGGCCUCCUGUCCGAUAA